GCUUUGCAACUAAACCUUCUCUCUCAAAGAGAGCCCUCUCUCUCUCUCUCUCUCUCUCUCUCUCUCUCUCUCUCUCUCCCUCCUGGGGCGUGACUGAGAGGCUGCUUCAUUCUUCUUGGUUCCCCUUUUCCACCUUUCGCCUCUUCUUGUUUUUUGGCUUUACCUUGUCUUGUCUUGAAUCAGUUCCUUACCCCACUAUCACUCAUCAUCGUCAUCAACUGCAACUUCUUCCGUUCUUUCUUUCUUCUUCUUCUUCUUCUUCUUCCCCACCACCACCACUACCAUCAAACCACCAUUUUCGUUGGUUCCUAAUGGCGGAGAUAAGCCACCCUCCAAUGGAGCAACUUCAGGACCUUGAGUACUGCAUAGACUCCAACCCACCUUGGCGGGAGAGUGCUGGAGAUGUCAUGGGCAGUCGGGACUUUUGUAAUCUUAACAAUGGAUUUCCUCUGGACUGUGCAAAGAAGCUGAGACUAUAAUCUUGGCAUUUCAGAACUAUAUCUUGAUGCUGGGUACAACUGUCAUGAUUCCAUCACUGCUUGUCCCAAUGAUGGGUGGAAAUAAUGACGACAAAGCCCGUGUUAUACAAACUCUCUUAUUUGUGGCUGGUCUCAACACACUCCUGCAAGCAUUGUUUGGAACACGUCUGCCAGCAGUAGUAGGAGGUUCACGUGCCUUUAUUAUACCAAUUCUGUCAAUAAUCAGUGAUUCGUCGCUGCAGCAAAUAUCUGAUCCCCAUGAAAGAUUUAUAUGGACCAUGCGAGCAGUUCAAGGGGCCACUAUCAUUGCUUCUGGCUUGCAGAUAAUUCUGGGGUUUAGCCAAGCAUGGGGGAUUUUUUCUCGCUUUUUCAGCCCACUUGGUAUGGCACCUGUCAUUGCAUUAGUUGGUCUUGGCUUAUUCGAGCAAGGCUUUCCAGUGGUGGGGAAGUGUGUUGAAAUUGGUUUGCCCACACUUUUGAUAACCAUAGGGGUUUCUCAGUACUUGAAGCAUGUUAGGCCAUUUAAAGAUGUGCCUAUAUUUGAAAGAUUUCCACUUCUUAUUUGUAUCACCAUCAUGUGGUUAUAUUCUCAUAUCCUUACUGCUGGAGGUGCCUAUCGACACACGUCAGUGAAAACACAAAUUCAUUGUCGUACUGACAGAGCCCAUCUCAUAUCUUCUGCACCUUGGUUUAAAUUCCCAUAUCCUUUACAAUGGGGUGCACCAACAUUUGAUGCAGGGCAUGCUUUCGCUAUGAUGGCUGCAGUUCUGGUGUCAAUGAUAGAGUCAACUGGUGCUUAUAAGGCAGCAUCUCGUCUCGCUAUUGCAACCCCACCUCCUGCUUAUGUUCUCAGCCGAGGUAUUGGUUGGCAGGGUAUAGGUAUACUUCUUGAUGGCCUUUUUGGUACAGGAACUGGUUCUACUGUUUCUGUUGAGAAUAUCGGGCUUCUAGGGCUAACCAGAGUUGGUAGUCGCAGAGUAGUGCAGAUCUCAGCUGGCUUCAUGAUAUUCUUCUCAAUUUUAGGAAAAUUUGGGGCCCUAUUUGCGUCCAUACCCUUCCCCAUAUUUGCUGCAUUGUACUGUGUGCUCUUUGGUCUUGUAGCAUCAGUGGGGCUGUCUUUUCUGCAAUUCACCAACAUGAAUUCCAUGAGAAACCUUUUCAUAACUGGACUGUCUCUUUUCCUUGGGUUAUCUAUUCCACAAUAUUUCAAUGAGUUUUGGUUGUCUUCUGGACAUGGACCUGUUCAUACCAAUGCAGGCUGGUUCAAUGCAUACUUGAACACAAUAUUUUCAUCACCAGCAACCGUGGGGUUGAUUGUUGCUGUGCUCCUUGACAACACUUUGGAAGUAGAGAAAUCAAAGAAGGAUAGGGGUAUGCCGUGGUGGGUGAAGUUCAGAACAUUCAGAGGAGACAACAGAAAUGAAGAAUUCUAUACGCUUCCAUUCAAUCUCAACCGGUUCUUCCCACCCACGUGAGUUGUCUGACCAACCCCUAGGAGGCCAACAAUUUUGGAUCAGAGGCGGCAGCAGCAGCAGCAGCUCUGCCUGUUUGGACAGGUGCCCAUUAAGGAUUUUCACUUCUACUGCUGCAUCACCUCACCUAUAGAGAAGCCAUUGCUUCUGUUCGCACCUGAUGAUCGGUUGGCGCAGUAGUCAAUGUGCUGAUGAAAAAUUACAUCUUGAUUGUGCGCUUUUCCUCCUCCAAUUAUGUAUCAAAUCUGCUAAAACAUUGCUCAUGUAAUUUAGUUCCUUGGCACUUUAUGAAAAAUUAAAUGUCUAGUGCAAGUUGAAUUGCUGAUUGCUAUAAAAGCUCCCCCUUUUGUUACGAUCCAUAUAGGGAUCGUGGGGAGCAGGAGUAGUUUAUUUCUAGUAGGUCUUGCUAUUUGAUGUUUUAUGGAUAUGAUUUCAGUAUGAGUCGGUCCAGUCCAGAACCGUUAUUAAUUGUACUUAAGCUUGAGAUUUACCCUAAUUAAGCAUGCUUGUUGAUUGCCUUUC